AAGAAACAAAGAAAUGAAGAAGGAGCAGGAAGAGAAGCAGGUCUGGAGAGGUCAUGUUGUGGUGAUCCCAUAUCCAAGUCAAGGCCACAUAAACCCUCUUCUCCAAUUUGCCAAACGCUUAGCCUCAAAAGGGCUGAAGGCCACAAUGGCCACCACCCAUUAUACUGUCAAUUCCAUAAACACCCCCACCAUCCGUGUCGAAGCCAUCUCCGACGGAUACGACGAGGGUGGAGUGGCUUUUGCCCCAGACACCGAUACCUAUCUCAAGGCAUUCAAGACCUUCGGGUCCAAGACGCUGAGCCAACUCAUCCAGAAAUUUGAAACCACAGCUUCCCCAGUCACCUGUGUGAUAUACGAUGCUUUCCUACCAUGGGCGCUUGAUGUGGCCAAACAACACGGAGUUUACGGAGCCUCAUUCUUCACCAACACCCCCACCGUCACCUCUUUAUUCUACCGCCUUCACAAAGGCCUCCUUACUUUGCCCAUUAAGAUGGAAGAUCUCCCUCUCUCAAUACCUGGACUUCACAAGUUGAAUUAUCCUGACUUACCUGCUUUUCUCAAAGAUCCAGAUUCCCACCCUGCUUACUUGGCUAUGUUACUGGGUCAGUUUCACAACCUUUACCAAGCUGAUUGGAUCUUGGGCAACACUUUUGAUGAUUUGGAGUUGCAAUUCCCGGCAGGAGAAGGGGUAAGCGACCUAUGGAGGGGAACAUUGAUUGGGCCGAUGAUCCCGUCAGCUUACUUGGAUGGGAAAAUAGAGGGUGAUAGAGGGUAUGGAGCCAGCCUCUGGAAGCCAUUAGACGACAAAUGCAAGAAAUGGCUUGAGCUAAAACCAGCUGGAUCAGUGGCCUACGUAUCAUUCGGAAGCAUGGCGGCAUUGACUCCCAAACAAAUGGAAGAGAUCGCAUGGGGGCUGAAAGAGAGUGGUAUCCAUUUCCUAUGGGUUGUGAAGGAGUCUGAGCGUGGGAAAUUGCCUCAAGGUUUCAUUGAGGCAAGUAAAGAGAAAGGACUGGUGGUGACUUGGUGCCAACAACUAGAGUUGCUGGAGCACAAAGCAAUAGGCUGCUUUGUAACACAUUGUGGAUGGAAUUCGACACUGGAGGCUUUGUGCCUCGGUGUGCCCAUGGUGGGAGUGCCUAAGUUUUCAGAUCAAUACACGAAUGCCAAGUUUAUUGAGGAAGUGUGGGGUGUAGGUGUGAGAGCCAAGGAGGAAGAUGAUAAGGGAACUGUGGGAAGAGAAGAACUUCAGUUUUGUUUAAGAGAAGUAAUGGAUGGGAAGAGAAGCCAGGAGAUGAGAAGGAAUGCUGCAAAGUGGAGGGAAUUGGCCAAGAAAGCAAUUUCUGAAGGUGGGAGCUCAGACAACAACAUUAAUGAAUUCGUUUCGCAUGUUUGUAGUGAUGGUAAAAAGAAAGUCAAGGAGGAGAAGCACAUGAAUGGAUUUUAGGUUAAUUAGAUUUUACUGAAAGGAAGUCACUACAUGC